UAAACAUUUUUCUGCAGGUGAGUCUGAUGCAUGUGUCGAGCAGAUGAAUUCUGAUAUUGAUGCUAUUAGUGGCUGGGCAUAUAAUCAUGCAUUGAGAUUGAAUGAAGGUAAGACACAGAGUAUCAUUGUGACUCAUAACCGAUUCAGAGCUCAGAAUGUUCCAAGGUUGAGGCUGAAUGGCAUUGAGUUGGAGUAUUCUGAGAGUGUUAAAAACCUUGGUCUUGUUAUCUCUAAAACACUCUCAUGGCUCAAUCAGGUUGAGAUUGUUUGUAAGAUGGUGUUUGCUUGCAUCCAUAGCUUGAAACGAUUUGCCCUGUUUCUUCCACUCAACAUCAAGAUCAUGCUGGUCAAGACUCUUGUGCUACCUCACUUCAGCUACUGCGACACUGUCAUGAACGACAUGACUGUUGAGCUCUCUAACCGACUGCAGCGUACACAGAACUAUUGUAUUCGAUUUAUUUUCAAUGCUAGACGAUUUGAUCAUGUUACACCUUUUUAUGUACAGCCAUCUCUCCUAAAAUUGAAUGAUCUUCGUACUUUGCACAUAUUGACUAUGCUUCACUCAAUAAUCAAAACCAAAUCUCCAUCUUAUCUGUCUGAGAGCUUCAGAUUCCUGUCUGAGAUCGGUGAACGUGCAACAAGGCAUGGCAACUUGCUGCUAGCUUUUCCCAUUCAUAGAACGACGACUUUUGAGAGAUCAUUUACUGUCACUGGUUGUAGGCUGUGGAAUAAUCUUCCUGCUUCUGUCCGGGCCAUUGAUGGGCGUGCUCGCUUUGGGGUGGAGGUCAAGCGGAUUUUGUUGGCGAGUCUGCGGGGGUAG